CCCUGCAGCCCCUGCGGGCGGCCAUGGCGCUGCUGCCGCUGCUGGUGCUGCUGGGGGCUGCGGCCAGCCCGGGGGGCUACGCCAACCCAGCCCCGCACGCGCUGCGCAAUUUCUUCUGGGUGGUGUCGGAGCCCGGCCCGGGGCUGCCCGAGUUCAUCGCGGUCGGGUACGUGGACGGGCAGCUCACGGUGCACUACGACAGCGAGACGCGGAGCGCGGAGCCACGCGUGGCGUGGGCGGAGCGGAACCUGGACGCGCAGUACUGGGACGGGCAGACCCAGGUCGCACAGGGCUGGGAGGCCUUGUUCCAGGCGAACCUGGACACCCUGCGCGGGCGCUACAACCAGAGCGGGGGCUUUCAUACCCUCCAGGUGAAGUACGGCUGUGAGCUACGAGAUGAUGGCACCAUUGGGGGGUUUGAGCAGUACGCGUAUGAUGGGGGAGACUUUCUCAGCUUUGAUACAAAGACCCACACCUGGGUAGCAGCAGCCAGAGAGGCUGAGAUCACCCAGCACAGAUGGAAUGAGGAUAAGGCCUAUCUUCAGCAAGAGACAGCCUACCUGGAGCAGGAGUGCAUUGAGUGGCUGCAGAAAUACCUGACCUACGGGAAGGAGACGCUGCAGAGAAGAGAGCCACCGCGGGUGCAGGUGAGCGACCGGCCGAGCCGGGACGGGCUCACCACCCUCUCCUGCUGGGUCCAUGGCUUCUACCCACGGAGCGUGGCCGUCAUGUGGCUGAGGAAGGGGGUGGCCGUGCCGCAGGAGACAAACCGUGGGGACGUGCUUCCCAGCGGGGACGGGACCUACCAGACCCGGGCCACCAUCGAGAUCGACCGCAGCAGAGAGACCGAUUAUACCUGCUGCGUGGAGCACCCCAGCCUGGCGGAGGAUCUGAGAGUGCCCUGGGCGCCCAAGUCCAACGUGAUGCUGAUCGUGGGUGUCGUUAUUGGGGUUCUCGUGCUGGUCGCUGCCAUCGCUGGAGCCGUUGUCUUCCUCAGGAAGAAGAACAGCGGCUACAAAGCAGCUGCAGCUCACGAAGGCUCUGCCAGCUCCGGAAGCGACCAGGGAUCCAACACCUGUGUCAAGGCGUAACGGAGCCCGUCAGCCCUGGCUGGGGGAUCCCAGACACGAGAUGGGACCGGAGCAGAUCAGGCUCCUGGGAAUGAAACAGCUCAGCAGCACCUUCCACAACCUGCUUAAAGCCUUUGCCUUGAUUGUACCCGAGCCAAACGCCCGCCUGUGAGAGAACUGAACUCUCCGUGGCUGCAGACAGCCAGGGAUGGUCGGGGUCGCUUAGUGUUUGAUUGCUACAGAACUGUCUUGUUUUAAAACUUAAAUCGAUGAGGAUAGAAAAAUAACCAGGGUUGGCUGGACUGAAUUGUUAGCGAUGGGCUGUACCCAGCACACACUGUCCUGUUCGCUUUGAUUGUAACUUAGCCCGUUUUCUGUUUCCGUGGUGAUUACGGUGUUAAGAUGUUGUUCUUUUUGCUGCUGCAGCUUCCUGUGUAAUGGGCUAAAUCCUGCUGUCAGGGCACUGGUCACCCCAGUGUCAGGCCUUGUCUACAUUGCGAUUUGCACCAGUGUCACUACAGAGGUGUGAGUUUGAAGUGGGCUAGUUAAAUCCCUGUGUGGACACUGAGUCUGGUGUAAGACAGGGCUUGUUUUGAUUCCCAAGUGACUCAAGCGACACCAGAAAAAGCCACCUCUUCUCCCAGGAUCAGUGUCCCCUAACUGAUCUGGUGCACGUUUGCGUGUAGACAAAGCCUACGCUGGCGCCGAUUCUGCUCCCAAAUGGGUUGAUUUUUGUGUGUGACAGAUGAGAUGUAAUUUUUUUUUUGCUUAAGAUUUUAAAACCAGUUUUAAAUAGUAACGUUCUGUCUCUUGGCAAUUUUCAGUUGGACACAAUAAAUGUAGGUUUGGGGUUUUAAUCUCUC